AUGUAGCGGCGGCGGCGGACCCACCUCGGAUUUGCAACUCUGUCUCUCUCUCUCUCUCUCUUUCUGGAGGGGCGGGGGGCGCGGCAAAAUUGUAUCUCCGCCCUCGCUCUCUCGCCUCCCCCGGGUGCAGGCUGCAUCCGCCUCUAAAAAUUGAGGGGCUCGGGGAGGGCGGGGGGCCGCGGAUCGGCGUGGGACCGGCACUGCCCCCGCGCCCGGAGGGCCACCAUGACCGACGAGAGCGCCGAGGUCCCCGGGGAGCUGACAGAAAGCAUAAAGGAUGUUAUUGGCAGAAAGAUAAAAAUUGCAGUGAAGAAGAAAGUCAAGCUGGAAGUUAAGGGAGACAGAGUUGAAAACAAAGUGCUGGUGCUUACGUCAUGCCGAGCCUUCCUCGUGACGGCACGAAUCCCCACCAAGCUCGAGUUAACCUUCAGCUACUUGGAGAUUCAUGGUGUCAGCUGCGGCAGGCCCGCUCAGAUGGUCGUGGAGACUGACAAGCACAGCAUCUCCAUGAGGAUGGCGUCGCCCGACGACGUGAGCGAAGUGUUGGCUCACAUCGGCACCUGCCUGCGGAGGAUAUUUCCUGGCCUCUCUCCAGUGAGAAUCAUGAAAAAAGUCUCCAUGGAGCCCUCUGAGCGACUGGCCAGUCUCCAGGCUCUGUGGGACAGCCAGACCGUGGCCGAGCAGGGGCCCUGCGGUGGAUUUUCUCAGAUGUACGCCUGUGUGUGUGACUGGCUUGGAUUUUCAUACAGAGAAGAAGUACAGUGGGAUGUGGAUACAAUUUAUCUGACACAGGACACCAGGGAAUUGAAUUUGCAAGACUUCAGCCAUCUUGACCACAGGGACCUGAUACCCAUCAUUGCUGCUCUGGAGUACAACCAGUGGUUCACGAAGUUGUCUUCCAAGGAUCUGAAACUGUCCACUGAUGUCUGUGAACAGAUACUGAGGGUGGUGAGUAGGUCCAAUCGGCUGGAGGAAUUGGUGUUGGAAAACGCUGGACUUAGAACAGAUUUUGCACAAAAACUGGCCAGCGCUUUAGCGCAUAAUCCCAACUCAGGACUCCACACAGUUAACCUUGCUGGCAACCCGCUGGAAGACCGAGGUGUAUCCUCUUUAAGUAUUCAAUUUGCCAAACUCCCAAAGGGAUUGAAGCAUUUAAAUUUAUCUAAAACCUCAUUGUCACCUAAAGGGGUGAAUAGCCUUUCUCAGUUCCUCAGUGCCAACCCGUUGACCGCCACCACCCUUACCCAUCUCGACCUCUCAGGGAACGUCCUCCGCGGAGAUGACCUCUCGUCCAUGUACAAUUUUUUGGCCCAGCCAAAUGCCAUUGCUCACCUGGAUUUAUCCAAUACCGAAUGUUCCCUGGACAUGGUCUGUACAGCUCUUCUCCGAGGCUGCCUUCAAUAUUUAGCUGUGCUCAACCUCUCCAGAGCUGUCUUUUCUCACCGGAAAGGAAAAGAAGUGCCCCCCUCCUUCAAGCAGUUUUUUAGUAGCUCCUUGUCUCUGAUGCAGCUGAACCUUUCUGGCACCAAACUGUCUCCUGAGCCCUUAAAAGCACUGUUGUUGGGCCUGGCUUCCAAUCAUAACUUGAAGGGGGUCUCCCUUGAUCUCAGCAACUGUGAGCUGAGGUCCGCAGGUGCACAAGUGCUAGAAGGCUGCAUCGCCGAAAUCCACAAUAUCACCAGCUUAGACAUCUCCGAUAAUGGUUUAGAAUCUGACCUCUCCACCUUAAUAGUGUGGCUCAGUAAAAACAGAUCAAUACAGCACCUGGCGUUAGGCAAAAAUUUUAAUAAUAUGAAAUCCAAAAAUCUGACACCUGUGUUGGACAACUUAGUACAGAUGAUUCAAGACGAAGAAUCGCCUCUGCAGUCCUUGUCCCUGGCCGACUCGAAACUCAAGACCGAGGUCACCAUCAUCAUCAAUGCCCUGGGAAGCAACACCUCCCUGACCAAGGUGGACAUCAGCGGGAACGGAAUGGGGGACAUGGGAGCAAAGAUGCUGGCCAAGGCGCUGCAGAUCAACACCAAGCUCAGGACCGUGAUAUGGGACAAGAACAACAUCACCGCACAAGGCUUUCAGGAUAUAGCUGUUGCCAUGGAAAAGAACUACACGUUGAGAUUUAUGCCAAUUCCCAUGUAUGAUGCGUCUCAAGCCCUAAAAACAAAUCCUGAGAAAACAGAAGAGGCUCUGCAAAAGAUAGAAAACUAUCUGCUCCGGAAUCACGAGACCAGGAAAUACCUUCAAGAGCAGGCCUACCGCCUGCAGCAGGGCAUUGUCACCAGCACCACGCAGCAGAUGAUUGACAGAAUAUGUGUGAAAGUACAGGACCAUCUCAACUCGUUACGAAACUGUGCGGGAGACGCCGUCCAGGAAGAUUUAAAAUCAGCAGAAAGGCUCAUGCGUGAUGCCAAGAAUUCUAAAACGUUGUUGCCAAACUUGUACCAUGUUGGUGGUGCAUCUUGGGCGGGGGCCAGUGGCUCGUUAUCCGGUCCAAUCCAAGAGGCCCUGAAAUCGAUGGCUGGAGAAGUCACGAGAGUCGUAGAUGAACAACUAAAGGUGCUGCUCGAGUCCAUGGUCGACGCUGCCGAGGAUCUGUGUCCCAACGUGAUGAAGAAAGCCCACAUCCGACAAGACUUGAUUCAUGCCAGCACUGAAAAGAUCUCCAUCCCACGUACCUUUGUUAAAAAUGUCCUGUUGGAGCAGUCUGGAAUUGACAUCCUUAACAAAAUUAGUGAAGUGAAGUUGACAGUGGCCUCCUUCCUGUCUGAUCGGAUCGUGGACGAGAUUCUGGAUGCGCUCUCACACUGCCAUCAUAAACUGGCUGAGCAUUUCAGCAGACGGGGCAGGACCCUUCCCCAGCCGGAGUCCUCAGAGAUUGAGCUGGCCGAGGAGAAGCCAGCCAAACGCUCCGUCCUCACGGCGGAGGAGCUCGCAGAGAUGGAUCGUUUGGAAGAUCUGGACGCUUGUAUGAUGACGCCCAAAUCCAAACGGAAGAGUAUCCAUAGCCGGAUGCUGCGGCCUGUUUCCAGGGCCUUCGAGAUGGAGUUUGACCUCGACAAAGCUCUGGAGGAGGUGCCCAUCCACAUCGAAGACCCGCCCCUCCCGUCCGCCCGGCAGGAGAAGCGGAGCUCGGGGCUCAUCUCCGAGCUGCCUUCUGAAGAAGGGAAGAAACUGGAACACUUCACCAAGUUAAGGCCGAAGCGGAACAAGAAGCAGCAGCCCACCCAGGCGGCGGUCUGCGCUUCCAGCGUAGUCUCCCAAGAUGGGGAACAGAACGGCCUCAUGGGGAGAGUGGACGAAGGUGUGGAUGAAUUUUUCACCAAGAAGGUGACCAAGAUGGAUUCCAAGAGAUCGGCAAGAGGCUCCGAGUCCCAUGAGCUUGGCGAAGGAGGAGACGAAAAGAAAAAGCGAGAUUCUCGGAAAAGCGGCUUUCUCAAUUUAAUCAAAUCCCGGUCCAAAACGGAGCGGCCCCCGACGGUCCUGAUGACAGACGAGCCCUCGUCGCCCAAAGGGGCCAUCCGGAGUCCGGCCUCGGACACGCCCAGGAAGGACGCGAAGCCAGCGGAGCACAAUGGCAGUUCUGAGCGGCUGGAGGAGAUGAAAACACCCGACCCCGUCGAGGAAAGUCCAGGGGAAGACGUGGGGAAGGCGGACCGGAGUGACAGCAAGGGCAGCCCACAGGCCGGGCGGAGGUACGGGGUGCAGGUGAUGGGCAGCGGUCUGCUGGCGGAGAUGAAGGCCAAACAGGAGAGGAGAGCCGCCUGGGCGCAGAAGAAGCUUGGGAAUGAUGCAGCGUCUCAGGAUUCUUUCGGCCUGGGCAGCACGGAGCGGUUGGAUGCAGGUGGGGCAGUGCCUAAGCCGCACCCCAGUGUUCCGGAGAACCGCUUCGGUCUGGGAACACCAGAAAAGAACGCCAAAGCGGAGCCCAAAGUGGACGCGGGUUCCAGGCCCCGGAGCUCGUCCAACACGCCUGCCAGCCCGAAGCCCCUGCCGCAGGCCCCCAAACCCAGCCUGGCGGCACGUCCCACCAUCCCGCAGAAACCAAGAGCCGCCUCUCGGCCUGAGGACAUCCCGGACUCCCCAUCCAGCCCUGGCUCGUCGAAAAUUGCUCUUCUCCCACCUGUCCUGAAAAAAGUUCCUUCGGACAAGGAGAGAGAUGGGCAGAUUAGCCCCCAGCCCAGUCCCAGGACACUUUCCCAGGAAGUAGUGCAAAGAGGAGAUUAUUACAAAAGACAUUCAGAUCAUGACACUGGCAAGCCUUCCAGUGGAGGGAAAAGAUCUUCAAAACUGUACUCCACGAUUGCAGAAGAGGAGGUGAAGGCAGUUGGGCACAGGAAGUCACAGCCAACAAAUGGUUAGAGCCUUCGCUUAUCAUCCCUUCACUGACCCAAAGCUUAUGAAUUGGCACUAACAAAAACAAACUUUAAUUGAGUAACUUCUAUCCCGGGACUGGCUCGGGGAUUAUUCCUACAACCCAUGUUGGUUUUCUAAAUGGCAACAGGAUGGUCCUUCCCUUUGGGGCAAAAAGUAUCGACUUCAAAAUCUAAACUUUCAAACUCGACCAAGGAGGAUCGAGUUACUCUGGAGUGGGAUGAUUUGUCCUCUCCAGUUUUCGUGAUCAUGUGGGUUUACAUGUGGGUCAUGCCUCCCAUUCUCUUGGUCUCGCUAUACUCUUCUGUUCGACUGUAAUUGGGAUUGGGGAAGAAAUUCUUAGAGUACAGUUUCUGCCUUUAGAAGGUACUGGCCUAACACCUCACCUGACGCUGUUUUAGGAAAGGAUCAGUGAAAUGCCCGCGACCUUUCAUUGGACUUUUUAUGACCCUUCAGUGAGAAAGGAAAAGUACCAGUUAAGGGUCUCAACCUCUAAGGACAGUUGAUUCUAUUUUACGGCCGUUGCUUUUUGCCAUCUGCCUUCCGUGAGACACGGUGGUGAGUUCUGUCGUGUUCCGUGCAGGUGAAGACAGUCCCAGGAGACAAAAAAGGCUUUGUCAAUUUCAAACUGUUAAUUUCAAAUUGGCUUUGAACUCCAGUGGGAAAUGUUAGAGCAAGCCUCGCUGAUUCAGAGAGGAAAUGUCUUUCCUGUGACUCCACACUUCUGAUCUCGCUGGUUAAUAACUUUCUUUAUAAAUCUGACUUGAAAAUCUUUGAAAGGAAGUCUUAGUAUCAUAAAAGGAAAAAAAAAAGAGGUAGAAUAUUCUGAUAUGUGAGAUGGCUUUAAAGUCCUUUUUCCCUUGAAACAGGGCACUUUUCUUCCGGUAAACCUCUGUCGGGGGUUGACACAUGAGUGUAUUUAGGCUCCCAAGGAUGAAGUAUGUGGCCCAGAAUUCUGGCUGCAACUCCGUGCCCGUCACGGCCUUCUGAGAAAGCGCCCCACACGGCAAGUUAAUGGAAGUGACCCGAUUAUAGGAGUAACUUCUCUUUCUUGCAAAAGGAUAAAGCAUUCUGAAACUUCCGCACCUUGUUACGGAUAACACACCUCCUCCGAGACCCACCUUACCGCUUCACAACCGGCUGCAUUACGGCGCCUCCGCCUCCGGUGGGAACUGUUGUCUUUGAGGACUUUCCCGGACAGAGGUUUAUAAACCAAAACAGCAGCCAGAAGGCAUCUGCUGUCUCCCUCGGGCAACAUUUGGGGCCAGCUUUCUUGGCCGGUACCGCUGGAUGAGUUGUGCACUCCGACCUGCCUGGCGAUCUGCACCCCCCCCCACCCCCCACCCCCCCCCCCCACCGGCUAGCUAACGGGGUGGAGCUGGUGGAGUUAAGGACACGCCCCACAGCACAGAGUGAAGUCUAUAGAUCACAGAUGAACAUUCUGGUUGGGCCGGGUAGCGCCUGCCCGAGAAAAAACAACUGACUUGGCCCUUCACUUUUUUAAAGGACUCCCUAAAACAAACGUAAUGUUAUAUGGCAACCAGACUUCAAUUAAAAAUUUAAAAUCAAUAAAUACCAGUGAUGUCACGGACACUACCGAGGAAUCCUAUGUUUGACCCUGUAAGAAACAAACGAACGCGAUGACCCGCUGUGGGUUUUGUAAAUAAAGUUUGGUUGGAACACACGCACCCGGAUUUCCUGCGUGGUAGACUCGUUUACAGACACGUGCUUACAAUAAGUCUCCUAAGAGAUUUUCUCUGAUAUUUUCAGAAAAACCUGUUAUCUUCAAGUGACAGAAAAGGCACAUAAACGAACACCUAAGACAUUUGUUUUCCGAAGAGAGGCCGGGUUAUUUGUAGAGCGUAUUAAAUCAGAAGCCCUCUCUCUGUAUUGCCCCUUUUGAGAAGGUCACAUAGAUGUUUCUAGAUUUGGGAAGUUUACAUUUGAACUACCGUGUCGGCCGACUUCUAUCACUUGGUUACCUAACAAAGCACCUUGAUGGAGCACAGUGUCCCUUCUUCCCAGAAGCCACUGAAAAAGCACUUCAUGUAACACACAAGGAGACCAGCCCCGGGACCGCACCAGUCCUGCAGGAAGGCUUUGAGAUAGGACAGAAAGGUUGGCCACAGGAAUAAGCCAGAUCAUAGGAAGGCAAGAAGUUCUGUGCCUGGCUCAGAUUUUUCCACGACCUCUUGGACUUACAGUUCUCCCUCCGAUGGGCUGUAUCAGUGUGAUGGAAUUAAACAGGACCAUCUUGUGUUUGCUUUUCUGCCCUGAUUUCUGGAAAUAGCAACAGGAACCAAAAAAGUAGUUUUUACAGGAGCUUCAAUUAAAGUAAUUUUAUGUCACAUAUUUUAAUACUGUUUUGUUAGUGCCGAUUCCCCCACCUGCCUGUCUUCAUCCUUGAGAAUUCCAAAGCAGUCUGCUUUCUGAAUAGUUCCCGGUUAACAAACGGCAUUUAGCAGAGCAAUUCUGUUAGCCCGUGCUGUGUACUUGCCUUUAAAUCUUUCAGGAGCGGCUUCGUGUAAGCUAAAACAGCUUUCUUAUUUUCCUGAAUCGUGUAUCCGUGUGACAAACAGAAGCUGUUGUUCUCAAAGCAUGCUGCAUAUUUUUAUCCUGGUGGUUGUUUUAAUUGUGUGGCUAUUUUAGUAUUGACCGGACAGGUAAAAUGCUUGCUUUCUUUUACUGGAAAUAUCUGUAACUUCUGAAUCUCGUGUCCUUUCCCGUCUUGCAUUUAAUUAUAAGCUGUGAUGUUUUCAUUAGAGUAUGUCCUGUUUUCUUGAAGAAAAUAGUUGGUUUGGCUUUGUAUAUAUUAUGAUGUACCCUGUUUGUCGGGCCAUCUUACUCUGAGAUGUCUUUUAUAUGUCACUUGCUUCUUCCAUAAUCCAACCUACAACCAGGAAAAUAUCUGGCUGUGGCUUACCGUCUGUCAGCCAGUGCUGUGUCCUACUUUUUUUCACCAGAUCUGGAUUCUGCUACCCCGGUAUGAGUUCUUCAAAAGAAAUUUAACCAUUGGUCAGCAGUUUUGGCUCCUGCCAGAAAGUAUAAAAACAUCAGGGCUGGCUACCGAAUAUUAUUUUUAAGGUCCUCACGUUUUCCUCGUGGGAAAGAUGGAUGUCGGUGGGACUUAAAAUGGAGAAGAGCUCAAAUUUUCAAAUGCAUCUCUAAUUCCGAAUUCAUGUGCACAUUUCGGAAGCUUUAAAAUUAGCACGUGUAUAUGAUACAUGUAUAUAUGCAAAGUCAAAUCAUCUUCCAGAAUGACAGAGUUCACGUUUAAUCCUUCCUGCGCCAAUCAUUGCCACCGUAGACGGGAUGUGAGUAUACACACAGUGUUUAUGUUGAAUAGCCUGUUGGCUUAAGCACUUUUUUUUUUAUCAUUUUAAUGGUUUGUGGGAUGGCACCAAACACAUCUACAGACACACAGAGACACCCCAGCACGUUAACGGCGUGAAUACUUGCAUUGAGGACGUGUAGUAAGGCAACCUGACUUUCUUCAUCCUGUAUAAAGUCAAGCAUUAAGUCAGGCUGCUCAGGAGAAGGUUCAUCGGAAUUAGUAAAAAGCCUGAAUUUUAUAUUCCACUUAUUUAUUUUGUAAACGUUUGUUUGUUUGUUUAUUUUGAGAGAGAAAGA